UCACGUGAUAGAGUCUACACGAGGCAUAUUUCCCCUUCCAGGACUGACAACGCUGCCGACAAUUAGACACUGGUAGAUAACCUUUCCUUGAAAAUUAUUCAUGAGGUUCUUGUGGUGGAAGAAGGAAGUCGGCAGAGGAACGAAGAAAGCAGAUGUGGAGAUGAGGAAAAAAAGAAAGGCCUUAGCCAAUAUUGCGCUAAGUAAGUAAAAUAUGUAUAUACAUGUUAUUGCCUUUCUUAUAUUCACCAU